AUGCUGUCUAGUCAUGACAGUUCAAGACUCACUACCGCCAGAUCUUCACGGCAAGCGAUCAACGGUAACGCCCCGUUGCUGGGCAACACGUCCAUUAAGGACUGGCUUCAGCCUCGUCUGCUCAACCUAACGAUGCAGUUGAUGUAUUACCAACCUGUGGAGCCUGUUCACGUGCUUGCUAAGAACUUGUAUAACGAAUACGUCCUUUUAACCGCGACGGAUUUAUCGGCACGUCUGAAAAAUAAGGUCAAUUUACAAAAGCCUAAAACACCUUUCAGUGUCGACUCCAGAGCGCGGAGCCCGAUGCCCAUGUUAAGCCCAGCUUUUGGAAGCGAUGGAGCUGAUAAGAAUCUGGAUUGGGGUACGACAACCUCCCACGCUCUCAUACCCUAUGGGGUGGAGGCCUUAUCCUGCUAUUUCAUGCCUCAGACUAAUUGGCAGGCGUCUAACAAAGUAAAGAAUAUGUUAGCGACCAUUAUUGCCUUACUUCACCAGCAAGGCCGAUAUUUUAUUCAUGGAAAGAGCGUCAUGGGAGCUACAUUGCACAAGGUGCACUCGCCGAGUUGCCUCGUGACGCCGUUAUGCUACGAAACGGUUGAUGCAGUGCCGCUUGCGUUAGUCGUGCGCUACCUCAUAGCGCUGGGUGAACAAGAACUAUGUGAUAUAGUCCCUGGGAUGGUCGAUGAGCUUGUCCUGUUAGCUUUGCUCAUGGCGUGGCGAACGCUAAAGCCAGUGCAACCCUGCGCAUCCCCCCUGGAGGAUUACUCUGAGGAUGGGGAGGUAUCUAUGGAGGUGUUAUGCAGUAAGUUAGUUUUGUUCUCACCCAGACUUCGUUUGCUGCCUGCAUCCCAUCUGUGCCUUCUCUCUGCAUACCUUAGGGAGACCAUCCAGCACCACCUUCCCUUUAGAACAUUAUCUGACGUCCCGUUAUCGGGUACUGCGGUGUCAGGAAUACAGUCGGACUCCCAAAAUGCUAUCAAAAAAAAAGCACCUAUGGAGGCAGGACGCCAAGCAAAAUGUGCCGAUCCCUUUCAACUCAAUCUUCAGUAUCAAGUAAAAAGUCCAUUUUGUCGAGCGCAACAAACUCAGCCGCAAACGAAAGAUUUGAUAAGAUGA